UCGCGCGGGCAGGGCCGUGCCGCAUCAAUAAUGAGAAUGAGGAAGGGUUAAUAAUUGGCGAGCCUGGCUUCCUUUCGCCCUAGGAGAGGACCUUGAUGGUGGAGACCAUGAAGAGGAGGCAUUGCGUGUAUGCGUUUAAUGACGACGAGCGUGGGAGGUUGGACGUGGAUAAGAUCCCGAUGAUACGAAUCCAUACCGUCCCACACGAGCUGUGGAACCUGAGGGGCGUGCGGUACCCGAAUCCGGAUGAAGAGAAGAAGAUGGUGGAUUACUUGGAUGAGAAGAUGAGGACCUAUGUGGCGGAUUACUCUAGUGGACCGUAUGCGUCCCCUUGGUUUUGUUUUAUCAAGCCAAACGGAACGCUACGGCACAUGAUUAGGGCCAUGCAGACGGUUAGUCCACAUAUCACUCAGCCCUACAUUGACGAUUUGGUGGUCAAGGGUCCAGAGGAGAAGGAGGAAGACGAAGUGAUGCCAGGAGUGAGGCGAUUCGUCUGGAAGCAUAUCCAGGAUAUCGAUCAGGCGAACGCUCCCGUGGAAAGAGGGCAUAGAACCAUCACAAAACUCUUGGCUAAGUGGACUGAGGGGAGGCCUAACCAGUGGCCGAAGUUCAUGACAGCGGCAUUCUUCGUGGAAAAUGUUACAGUGAAAUGGACCACCAUGUAUGUGCUAGCCACUCUAUGGUACGGGAGGCAUGCCACGUUCCCGAUAGAAAGCUUCAUGAAGACGUGGAGGCGCCAGGACCUAGAAGUAAACCUGUCCUUUGAAGAGCUGCUCGAUAUACGAGCACGACAAGUGGGAGCCGCGGAGGAAAGGUUACGAGAGGCCGCUGGCCAGGUGGAGAGGAGCCGUAUGGAAGAUAAAAUGAGGUCUGACUUUUCGAAGGCAGUCAUGCAGAGGGGCGGGAGGGACACACUGCCACGCCAGGAGCUCAAGAGGAUGGCGAGAGGGGGCGAGCAGCAUGGGCCGCCUGGGAGGGAGCCUACGCCUGAGUUUGAUGACGACAACAUUGAGCUCUUGUUGGACCUCAGGAGGGUGUUCGGACGGCCACAGCACGAGAGGCACGAGCCCAGAGUUGAGAGGCGACGGCGAAGCAAGAGGCCAUGGGAACCGGCGCCGAGAGAGGCGGGGCUGGCCAGAGAGAGGAGGGGAGCCCCAGCCCAGCGGGAGGAUGAGCCCGCAGGGCCCGCAUUGGCAGAGGAGUCGUUCCCUGCGUGUGGCCUCCGGGCGGUUGAGUUUCGGCGGAUUACGAGCGAGGAGUUGAGGCCGCCCUUGCCAUUGCCAUCAGCGCAGGAACUAGAUAUACCGACAGAGAUGCCAUUCCGAAGCGUAGUGACUCAUCUGGAUGCAUCUCGAUGGGAGGCCUCACGAUUGGGGGAGGGCCCAGUAGAGACGGCAUACUAUGUGCCGUUGGAGGAACCCUUGGACCCUGAGAUGGAGAUAGACAUGCGAGAUCGAGAGGAGCCGCAGGAUCCUGAGAUGGCAGCCGAGCGACCGAAUCCGGUACGACCUCAGGGUAGAGAGGUGAUCACGGUUGGGGACGAUACCCCUCCAUGCUCCCCAGCUCCAGAGCCAACACAGCGUUCGUGGCCAGAGGGGAUUCCUGAGCCAGGCAGUGAGGAGAUUCCGGAGUUUCCCCCUAAGGCCACCACUAUGCUUGAGCAGGAGACAGAGGCCGAGGACCAGGGAGCGUAUGAGAGAGCGAGGGUGGAGGUGCCCCUUGACUUGCCAUCGGCCACGUACGUGACCAAGACCCCAGUUAUCGAGGAGCCUGUUCCAGCGAGGUCACAGCCAGUAGUGUCGUGCGCGAGCGGAGGGAUGGAAGCGGAGGCACAGGCUGAGAUGGAGGCGGCGGGGAUAGAGCCGACACCGUCGGUCGAGCCGAAGACGAGUGAGCAGAGGAUCGACGAGUUGUGGGCUAGGUAUGAGAGCCAGAGGGAUGCAGCCCGCCAGAGGUCACGAGAGGCAGAACGGGCGGACGAGGGGACGAGCGAGCUGAGAGAGAUGGGGGACUUGGGGUUCUCCACGACCAGGCAGGCGAUUGAGCGCAUGGAUCGGAGGGUAUGCGAGACGGCAGUCACAUCUUUCCAGUGGUAUAAUCUACUCAGCAAUGAGCUCAGGGUUAAGGAGUUGGAGGUAGAGCACCUGACUACUCAGCUUGCCGAGGAGAGGGUGAGGAGCCAGGCCAGAGAGGUUGAGUGGGAGAGGAGAUUUGGGGAGAUGGCAGCCUCUAUGGAUAGGCUCUCGGCGGUCUGGGGGCCAGCCGGUGCCGAUAGCCAUGGCCGUGGGAUGCAGGCUUCACCGAGUCGGGGAGUAGCAGUGGAGGUCCCUCGUCAGGCCGAGCCGAUGGAGGAGGCGCCCUUGGACGCAGUCGAGGAGGAGGGUGGCGCACAGGAGUCGCUUAUGGCUAUGUCCACGAAGAGGAGAGGUUCGCUCUUGCAUGAGCUGACGAUAGCCAUGGGGAUAGGCACACCGCGGGAGGGGCCUCAGGGACUUGACGCUCCAGAGCAGGCCCCGAGGUUGGGUGAGUUGAGGGCGGAGCUGGGGUCGUGGGCCACGGAGACGGACUCAGGAGGGUCUGACUCGGGACGGCAAUAGCAGCAAGAGGUCAUGAGUGAG